AUGGAAAAUCGGACGCCUACAGAUUUUAAAGCACGAGUACAAAAUCUAAUAACUUACCAAGAUGUUUUAAUGAAGAAUAGCCUACAAGCACAACGUUCCUGUGAUCAAGAAUUUGAUACAUUUUUAACAUUCUACAAUGAUCUUCGUCGUAAAUACAAUGAAGUACGUGUCUAUGCUAAUCAGUUGGAGCAAGAUAUAGAACAAUAUCGGGGAGAAUUAGAACGUAAAGAGAAAAAGAUGCAAUCGCAAAGUGCACAAAUUCUUCGUUUAACUCAGCAUAAUAAACGAAGCAAUGAACGCCUUUCUCAACUUCAACAAUAUCUAGAUCGAAUAAAAGGUUCACUAGUUGAACAAAAUACUUAUGAUCAAUUAUGUGAUAUGCUUCGAGAUUCGCUCAUGUCUGAGAGUGAAACAACCGCGGAUCUAUCCGAUAAGAAUUGUACUGGCGAUGAGUUAGAAUAUGAAACUUCACACAUGCCGAAAGUUGUUAGUCAAUCAACUGGUAUUGGUGCGCCAAAACGAUUAAAUGCCACGAACCAUGAAACAUCAGUUAUUCAUCGAACGACGACAGCUACAUCGAAAGUUGAUAUGAACAACAAUGAAAUCGAAAAUGAACACAUAUGCACUUCCCCAUAUGCGAAUAUAACUGUCGCACGUUCAUCUCGUCAUUCCAUCUCAGUUCAUCAACGAGCCAAACAAAAGAAUCGUAGACCAUCGAAAGAAUUUCUUCACAAUAAAUCAGAAGAAUCCGAAUUGAGUACGGACGACGUUUUCUGGUCGAAACAUCCUGAUAUUCCCCAUCCUCCAGAAUACGACGUACCUCAUGCACCUCCUACCCAUCCAAAACUAUCUCAACUAACAAGUCCGAUAGCCGAGCAAAAACCUCUUACCCCCUCAACGCCCAAUGGAUUCGCCACAGCAAGUCCAUGUGUUCUCGGCACAUUGCGUUCUAGAGCGCAUCACUUUGUGUCAAGAAAUAUUCUCAUACCCGAAACAUGUUGUGUGUGUCUCAAACGAAUACAUUUUGGUAAAUUAGCUUACCGUUGUCAGACAUGUAACGCUUUGUGCCAUACGGGCUGUAAGGAGAAUUGUAGCACACUUUGUUUGCCAAAUGUGAAAACACCCAGCCGUGGUGUUGUAGCCAAAUUCACUUCGCGAGAGACCAAUCAAUUACAAGUGCCACCAUUACUUGUACAUUGCAUCAAAGAAAUUGAACAACGAGGAUUACAAGAAGUUGGCAUCUACCGACUGAAUGUUGUCGAAGGACAAGUCAAGGAACUGAAAGAUCGUCUGCUGAAAUCUCGAACGGGUUUAUUAGAUUUAUCACAUUAUCAUGAUAUACAUUUAAUAUGUGGUGUUGUCAAAGAUUUUCUUCGUUCACUUUCCGAAUCGUUGCUGACCGAUGCAUUAUGGAAAUCGUUUGCUGCUGUCGUCGAUGAACCGGCUGACUUAACUCAACAGCAGAAAUUCGAUUCGCUUAUUCAUCAAUUACCAAAACCAAAUCGUGAGACAUUAGCUUUUCUCAUCUUACAUUUACAACGCGUAGCAGAAUCGCCACUCUGCCGCAUGCCGAUUUCAAAUUUGAGUCGAACGAUGGGUCCAGCAGUGAUCGGUUAUUCAACGAAACACAUCUCCGAUGCAGACAUCAUCGGUGAAACGUAUAAACAAACUAAAAUACUCGAAGUUUUCUUGAAAUUAUCUUCCGAUUUCUGGACAAAAUUUCUUGAAGAGAGCGAAAUCAACGAAUCAUUAUCCUCGAUACACAAGCCGCAGCUUGCUACACCUACUCUAGCACGUCAACAACAGUACCAUCAUACACCAAUCGCAGCUUAUCCUGCUCCUUUACACACAUUUUUCUCUCCUAUUUAA